AUGCCUAAUGAAUAUAUGAACAAUAACGUUACUGAUGAUAGUGAAGAUUUAAGCUCCAGUGGUAGAAGGCUUAUGGUCCCAUAUCCCCAAAGAGAUGUAGAUAAUUUUACCUUGAAAGAUAAUUAUGUUCCCCUUAGUAUAGCGCAAAAAAGAAUACCACCUGCACCCCCAAUAUCAAAACCUUCCCUUCCAGAACCAUACGUUGCAUUUCAAGGAACCGUCACCUCUUCAAUGAUUUAUCAAAAUGGUAAUAUAAAAGAGCAUUAUCGUGAACACAUUAAGAAUAAUAAGAAUAAUAAGAAUAAUAAUUUUUUGGUACAACAUGAAUUACAGCGACAGAAGAGAGACACAUUUGAGGUUAAACGACCAGAAUUGCAUGUUGUUGAUGUGAAUAAUAUUAAUAGCGACGAAAAUAAUGGUAGCACCAAAAAAAAUAUUAAUAAAACGUACAAAGGUGCUAAGAAACUUGACCCACCUAGAAAAAUGACCGUUCCUAGCAAUAUUAAUAUCAUUAAAGAAAACAAAUUAAGUGCAAAAGACCUAGACAAAAAUGGUAAAAGAAAAGAAACGGAAAGAUCUUCUCCUUCUUCGUCGAAUGAAACUUCAAAUAAAGUUUCCUCUGAUAACCCUGAUAAAAAUGCAAAUGAUUUAGAAACAUGUAAAAGCGCAAAUCUUUAUAUUGAACAACGUCAAUUAUUGAAUGACGCGGAUGGAAACAAGAUAUUUGCUAGAUACAACACUUUUGAAGCAUAUUUUAUCAAGUUAUCUCUUAGAAUUAAUGUUUUGAUUGAUAAAUGGUUUCCUACAUUAUCAACACAUUCCAAGUUAAUCAAAUUUGUUCUUUUAAUAUUUAUUAUUUUCCAAAUAAAUAGAAUAUUGGAACACUUGGGCGAUAUAGUUCGAUCUUUUUGUGUUAAUAUUCGUACGAAUGAGCAUAACAACAACAUCGUUACUGGAAUUAGAAAUAGUGAGAAUAAGUAG